AUGACUUUCAUCCAAUUGAUCUUACUCAUCUUCCUCUUCCUCACAAGAAGAGUAUCAUCUUCAAAUCAACUCAAUCUGGUUGGCGACUAUAAACUAAUGUCGAUCAACAUCCCCAAAGUAUUGGUUUACACUUACACAGAUGGCUUUAGACACGAUUCGAUCCCGACUGCUAUAUCUAUGUUGAACCAAGAAAAAGAUAAUUGGGGUGUCAAGUUCGAUUUCACAGAGGACAGAAACGCUUUUCGGGAUGACAACUAUCUGAAGCAAUACGAUGCAUUGAUGUUCAUUCAUGCAACUGGUGAAGUACUCGAUCAACAAGGCCAAGAAGCUUUUCAACGUUAUCUCCAGUCAGGAGGUAAUUUCAUCGGAGUACAUGCUGCUGUGUGUGGAAUGUACAAUUCAUCUGUUUACAAAUCAACAAUUGGAGCGUUAUUCGAGUGGCAUCCUGUCAUCCAAGAAGCUACUUUCAAGAGAGAGAAUACCACUCACCCUGCUACUGCAAACGUUCCUGACAAUUGGCGAUUUGCUGAAGAAGUCUACUAUUUCACUUCCGAUCCGAGGGAAAACGGGGCUGUUGUCAUCCUUAGCGUUGACGAGUCAAGUUAUAACAACGAAAGCUACAGCUCUAAUUCGGGACACCCGCAUCCUAUAGCUUGGUAUAUCGAUCCUCCCAAGCCUUCUCAGCCUUUACAAGCAGGAGCUGUCAAAGGCGGCAGGUCGUUCUACACGGCCUUGGGGCACUCUAACGAAACAUGGCAGAAUGAAACUUUCAUCAAUCACGUCUUUUCAGGCUUGACCUGGGCUUUGGAUGGUGCAUCUACUCGAUCGUACGGAUCAGGUCUAGUAGGAAGCGAGGAAGCCCGACCACCUCCUCCUUCACCUCCACCAUCAUCUCCUGCAUCCAGUGUCUCAAGCUUAUCCGAUCCAUCUUCUUCUGUACCCGUCGCUGGCCCGACUCUCCCUGGUCACGCACUCCAAGUCACUUCAGAUGGAGUGGGAAUGUUGGGUUCAACGACGGUAGGAGUGGCACUGUGCUUUCUAUUUGGUGUCUUAACAGGGUAUUAUGUUAUCGCUUAG